UUUACCUCCUUCGAGGCUUGAAGACGGAGUUACAAAACUCAUCUGGAGUUCAAGGAUGUUGAAGGCCUUGCUGAUUGUUGUGCUCUGUGGGGCAUCGAUGGCCCUGACGGACCCAAACCUGGACCUCCACUGGCAGAUGUGGAAGAAAACUCACUACAAGUCUUAUGAGAAUGAGGUUGAGGAGUUGGGCAGGCGGGAGCUGUGGGAGAGGAACCUGAAUUUGAUCACCCUCCACAAUCUGGAAGCUUCUAUGGGCAUGCACACAUAUGACCUGGGCAUGAAUCACAUGGGAGACCUGACGAAAGAAGAAAUCCUGCAGAGCUUUGCGGGGACUCAAGUGCCAGAGAACCUGAAUAGAGGACCCACAGCAUUUGUUGGGACGGCCGGGGUACCACUACCUGACUCCAUUGACUGGAGGGAAAAGGGAUACGUCACAGAUGUAAAGUACCAGGGGGGCUGUGGUUCCUGCUGGGCGUUCAGCGCAGUUGGGGCUCUGGAGGGUCAAAUGAAGAAAACCACAGGACGUCUGAUCUCCCUCAGUCCUCAGAACCUGGUGGACUGCUCCUCCAAGUAUGGGAACAAGGGAUGCCAUGGAGGUUUCAUGACCCGGGCCUUCAAGUAUGUGAUUGACAACAGAGGAAUAGAAUCUGACUCAUCGUAUCCUUACGUUGGCGUGCAACAACAGUGCCAUUACGACCCUUCACAGCGAGCUGCCAAUUGUUCUUCUUAUAACUUUGUAGCUCAAGGAGAUGAACAAGCGCUGAAGGAAGCGAUUGCCACCAUUGGCCCAAUCUCUGUUGCCAUAGAUGCCACUCGCCCUCAGUUUAUUCUGUAUCGCAGUGGUGUGUACAGUGAUCCUACUUGUACCCAAAAUGUGAAUCACGGUGUUUUGGCCGUUGGUUAUGGAACGCUGGGCGGACAUGAUUACUGGCUCGUGAAAAACAGCUGGGGAACCAGUUUUGGAGAUGGUGGUUACAUCCGAAUGGCACGGAAUAAGGGAAACCAGUGUGGUAUUGCCUCAUAUGCCUGCUACCCAAUCAUGUAAACAGAAGAUACAGAUGUCCUUUGGUGCAGCUGUUGUUGCCCAGUCUUGAGGACCCACAGGACAGUGCAUUUUUGCUCCAUCAUCAUUGUUCUUUACAACAGUGCAAUUGGGUUGCCAUCAGGGAACACACAGCAAAUGCGCAUUUGACAAUUAAAAUGGCCAAAUUAUGAAUAGUCACUUAAAACAUUUUAAAUGUAUUUGUGCAGAGUGGACCUUGUUAAAUAAAGAACAGCCAAAUCCAUGGACUCUGUGAUAUUAUAAAUAUAUCACAAGAGAUUUACACCCUUGGAAAAAAAAAAAAGAUGCCAGAUGUGUAAGUUAUUAAUUCAUUGGAAACAAAACCAUAAAACUUAAGCAAACUGUGUUUGCAAAUGAUGUUGUAUAAGGUGUGUUCAUUGAUUAUGUUGCAUAACAAAAUGCUGAAUGUGAAACAAGUUUGACGGGGAUAUGGAUUUCAUGUUUCCUUACCAUACCACACAGAGUUUCCUAUUAUGACAAGGCAAACAGGUGCACCAGUUCACACAUGCCGUUAGUAGGUGUGUACGCUCACUUUUGGCAGCCGCUUCCACGGUCCAGAAUAGUGUUGUAAGCAAAAUAAUUAUUUUGGUUAAUAUAAGAUGAAGAUAUUCGUCAAUGUAAUUCUAAAACUUUAUAGUCGUUGCACUAUGGGUUCGUUAUUGUUAACCUGGUAAUAAGGUAAAGGGCAUUACUGUAAAUUUAAUGUAAUCUUUCAUGGACUAGAAAAUCAUUGUGCUGAGUCCAUGUUUGGGAGAUGUAGUUCUGUCAUGAGAGUGAGGUUGUCUAUGUAGUAACAAGAGCAGCCUAGCUGUAGUUUUGGUAUAAUAUCUUUUACUUGGCUUGUAUUUUAUGUUUAGUUUGCCUUCA